AUGGCACCGGACGCAAAGGCAGGCCUCGCAACGCGUUCUAUUCACCACGACUCGUAUCUCAGCGGACCCGAAGUCGCGGCCAACAUCUCGACGACGACGACUUUUCGCCACCCUUCUCCCGAAGAGAUCGCCAGCAAGCCGGAGGGCUACUAUUCGGACAAGUGGGACGCGUCGGAGCCGUCGAGGGACAUCUACUCAAGGUACACUCAGCCGACCCUCACCCGCGUGGAGCGCGCCCUGUCUUCCAUCGUCGGCCAGCCUACCGUUGUCUACCCAUCCGGCAUCUCAGCCUUCUUCGCCGUUCUCUUGCUCGUCCGCCCUGACGUGGUCGCCAUUACUGAGGGCUACCACGGCUGCCAUGCGUCACUCGAGGUCUACCGGCGAUUGCGAGGGGAGGACCAUGUGUCCGUCAUCAAGCUCGACGACGAGUACCCAAGCGGGAAGAAGCUCUUGUGCUGGGUCGAGACGCCGCUAAACCCGACGGGCGAGUCUCGCUCGAUUGCUGCUUACGCAAAGCGAGCUCGCGCAGUCGGCGGCACCGUCGGCGUGGACGCGACCUUCGCUCCUCCGCCUCUCCAGGACCCGUUCAAGUGGGGGGCGGACGUCGUCAUGCACAGCGGAACAAAGUACUUUGCUGGCCACUCAGACACGCUGUGUGGAACCGUCAGCGUUCGGAACAAGGAAGACUGGCUUAAGCUCUGGCACGACCGCACGUACACCGGCUCCAACAUCGGCUCGCUCGACACCUGGCUCCUCCUCCGCUCUCUCCGCACCCUCUCCGUCCGCGUCAACCGCUCGGAUCUCGACGGUCCAGGCGGCGUUGUCGAGAAAGUCUGGCACACGAGCUUGCAGGAGGAUAGGGCGGAGUUGUUGGGCGAGGGAAAGCAGAUGGAGAAGGGUCCAGCGACGUUUGGGAUGCUGCUCAAGAAGCCCGAGUACGCGACGCACUUGCCACACUCACUCAAGUUCUUUGUACCCGCUACGUCCCUAGGCGGCGUCGAGUCGCUCAUCGAGCAGCGCAGCUUGUCCGACCCGAACGCAGACCCGCGACUCAUCCGCCUGUCCAUCGGUCUCGAGGACUUCGAGGAUCUGAAGCGCGACCUCAUCCAGGGUUUUCGCAAGGUUGUGCAGAUCGAGCAGGGCAAGGUUUCGAAGUUGUAG